AGCGGAGCGGGCGAUGGAGGCCGUGGCGCGGGGUUCGGAGCCGCCCGGGGCCGCCAUGCGGAGCCGCGCUGAGGUGGACGCAACUCUGCAGACGGCCAAGCUGAACCCGGCGGAGCUGCUGCCGGCCGUGCACUGCCUCAGCUUCGGCCCUCAUGUCGGCAGCGGCGAGUGCUGCCUGCUGCAGCUGGAGCCGGGGCUCUGCGCCGAGCUGGAGGCGGGGCGCAGCCUAGUAAUCCGUGGUGAAAGGGAUGAACAUGCAGUGUUGUGCAGCAAAGACAAAACUUACGACAUGAAAAUAGCAGAUACCUCAAAUAUGCUGCUGUUUGUUCCUGGUUGCAAAACUCCAGAGGAGCUGAAUGCAGAUCCAGCAUCUUGUAAUAUUAUUCAUUCACAGAUUGCUGGUUUCUCCAAUAACUAUUGGGAAUUAAGGAGAUGUCGACCAAAACUGAAGAAACUGAGGAAGCUUUUAAUGGAAGAUCCAUAUGAAGGRCCUGAUAGUCAGAAAGAUCAGACUUCAACAUUUUCAAAGUAUACAACAGAAGAUUUGUUAAGUCUGAUCCAAGCAAGUGAGGAAGAAAUACUCCAGCAAUUGCAGGUUAUAGAUGCCUGCAAAAUUGACGGAUAUUGGAGAAUUCUAGACUUUGACUAUGAGAUGAAACUCUUGAAUCACGUGACUCAGCUAAUAGACUCAGAGUCCUGGCCUUUGAGUAAAGUUCCUUUAUGUCUUUGCCUUGAAGAACUUGGAUCUCUAGAACCCAAAGAGAUGAUAGAACACAUUCUUUUAAGCUAUGGCAGGAAAUACGUUGAUGAUGCAGGGGAGGUUUUCUUUGAAAUGCGUGAAGAUAAAAUAUGCAGAGCUAUAGCACGAAUGCUUUUGCAAAAUGCAGUUAAAUUCAAUCUAUCAGAGUUUGAAGAAGUCUGGCGGCAGAGUGUCCCUGAAGGGAUGACAACAAGGCUUGAUCAGCUUAAGGGCUUGGCUCUUGUGGAUARAAGUUCAAGACCAGAGACCAUCUUUCUGCUGAAAGUAGAAGACUUACCUGAAGACAAUCAGGAAAGAUUCAACAGCUUAUUUGGCAUACGGGAAAAGUGGACAGAAGUGGAUAUUACCCCUUACAUACAAGAUUUAUGUGCAGAGAAGCAGACUGUUGGUGCUCUACUGACAAAAUAUGCUCGUUCCUCAAUGCUGAAUGGUGUUAAAGUGUAUAAUUCUAGAAGACCCAUCUCAUAACAAGUAUUGUUUGAAGAACUGAGGGUACUGAAUGUAGUAACAAUCAAUGUUACUUGCUGCUGCCUUCUGGGGAAAAGAGUGGCUGACCAACAUUAUACAGUGUAGUUGAGUUUAAGCAGCUAAGCUACUUGAACCACUUCUGUUUUCUGCUCAGCUAAGGAGAGUGUGAGGGCAUUUGUGCCCUCUAAGGAACAAUAGUUCAGCUCACCUUCCUUUGCCUACCUUUGCCCAACUUCUUUUCCAUUUGUGUCUAGUUAAGCCAAGAGCCAAGCUACUUCUUGAAUACACUUAAUCUGUUUAUCUGUAAGUCUGAAAUGAAUACAGAAAACCACCUUGAUARUAUUUCAGUCAACUGAAUUGAUUUGAAUAGCAAAACGGAGUUUUUAGUCUUUUGCCCAUUGGUGAUCAUUCUUAAAGAUUCAGGUUUCAUUGCAGUGUUCACAUUUUGAGUAGCACAGACCUUAUCAAGCUCAUGACUAAAUCAUUCCCCAUUGAGACUAAACAAGUCUUGAUUUUGAAAAGUGGUUCUUUUUAAGGUCAUGUCUGUGAACACCAUUAGCACAAGCACCUGACACUUUAGUACUUGGCAGAAUGGCCUUUUGUAUGUUACAAAAAAACAAUUGUAAUGAAGUGUGAAUGUAAGAGAGUAGUUGAACAUUGUGUUACAAAUUUCCUAUAAACUGUCAUUAAAAUAUAGCUGAGAUAAAACUAAYGCUUCACAGAAGACAACUUGUGCUUUUUGAAAAAACACAACUUUGUAGUAAAAUUUUUUUAAGAACUUUGUUAUGGCAAAUAAAUGCACAUAGAAAUUGUGCCUUAAAAACUUACAGUAUAAUAUUGUUCUGUUUAGAGCAAUGAAACAGGAUUUUUUCUUAUUAUACUGUCAGGAAGUGGUAUGUGUACUUUUGUGCUUUUGAGAUGGUAGUUUUGUAAUUAUUAAAAAGGAUUUUUUGUAUGCCAGUAAAACAGAUUUUAAUACCAGGUAAUUUUCCUAUUUAUAUUUUAAACUUAACGAUUGUAGGUUAUUUGAUACAAAAAGCAUUUGCUUCAUCACACUCAGAUAUGAGGUAUGAAAUACCUUGGAACUGCCAGCAUUGCCGCUGUAGGGUGAGUGGGGAGAGAAACUCAUCCUAAAUCAGAUGUAACUCUUAAGAUGCACAUGUGCAUACUUAGAAUUGGGUUGAUUAAAAGCUGAAUAAAACGUUACUGAAUAAAAAUCCUGAGCUCCAUUUAUUGUUGCCCAGUGCUGCAAGGUCAGUGCCUUGUGUUCCACAUUGCUGGUGCAGGGGGGUGGUGUUUGACCAGCCGUACAAUGGUUCUCUGCUGGGAAAAGCUGCCUUGUUUGYUGUCUGGUUCCAACAAGUGCACUCGUCCAAUUGCACCAGAAGGUUCCCCCUCAGAGAUCAGUGGUAAUAUGAAUGGAAAAACCUUGGAAAUUCCUUCCCUUGUAUCACAGAAGGCUCCUUAGCUGAAAUACACAACACACUUGAUACUUCGUAGCCUGUGGUCCAAGUUUAUAUUUAUAUAGGGGUUUCUUAGUAAAAUAAGAAAUUAAGUAUUUCAUAAAUAGCGCUUCUCACAGCAGCGCGAAGAGUUUGUGUAAAUUAAUUGUAUGUGUUACCAUUCUGUGUGUUCAGUG